CUCGAGAGAAUAUUGUAAUACAGUGUGAAGCAAAAGGAAAGCCACCACCAAGCUUCUCAUGGACACGCAAUGGAACUCAUUUUGAUAUAGAUAAAGAUGCACAGGUAACAAUGAAACCAAAUUCAGGAACCCUUGUCAUAAAUAUUAUGAACGGUGGAAAGGCAGAAGCAUAUGAAGGCAUAUACCAGUGUACAGCAAGGAAUGAACGAGGAGCAGCCAUUUCCAACAAUAUUGUCAUAAGGCCAUCCAGAUCCCCUUUGUGGACUAAAGAAAAACUAGAACCAAAUCAAGUUCGAGAAGGUGAUUCUCUAGUGCUACACUGCAGACCUCCUGUUGGCUUACCACCACCUAUCAUCUUUUGGAUGGAUAAUGCUUUCCAAAGGUUACCUCAAAGUGAAAGAGUUUCCCAAGGUCUAAAUGGAGACCUUUAUUUUUCUAAUGUACAACCAGAAGACACCCGUGAAGACUAUAUCUGCUAUGCAAGAUUUAAUCAUACACAAACCAUACAGCAGAAGCAACCAAUUUCUGUAAAGGUUCUUUCAAUGGAUUCAUUGAAUGACACUAUAGCUGCUAAUUUGAGUGACACUGAUAUUUAUGGUGCCAAACCAGUUACAGAGAGGCAACCAGUUCUUCUAACACCAACAGGUAGCACAAGUAACAAAGUGGAACUGAGAGGAAAUGUGCUUUUGUUGGAGUGCAUUGCAGCAGGAUUACCCACACCAGUAAUCCGCUGGAUUAAAGAGGGUGGGGAAUUGCCAGCCAACAGAACGUUUUUUGAAAACUUUAAGAAAACUCUCAAGAUCAUAGAUGUUUCUGAAGCUGAUUCUGGAAAUUACAAAUGUAUAGCAAGAAAUAUAUUAGGUUCUACUCACCAUGUCAUUUCAGUAACUGUUAAAGCUGCCCCAUACUGGAUAACAGCACCCAGAAACCUGGUCUUGUCUCCUGGAGAGGAUGGGAUGUUGAUCUGCAGAGCUAAUGGCAACCCAAAGCCUCAUAUAAGCUGGUUAACAAAUGGCGUUCCCAUAGCAAUUGCCCCAGAAGAUCCAAGCAGAAAGGUGGAUGGUGACACCAUUAUUUUCUCAGAUGUGCAAGAAAGAUCAAGUGCUGUCUAUCAGUGCAAUGCUUCUAAUGAAUAUGGAUACCUGCUAGCAAAUGCGUUUGUGAAUGUUUUGGCUGAGCCACCAAGAAUUCUAACUCCUGCUAGUAAACUGUAUCAGGUCAUUGCAAAUACUCCUGCAUUGCUAGAUUGUGCUUAUUUUGGUUCACCUAAGCCUGAAAUUGAAUGGUUUAAGGGAGUGAAAGGUAGCAUCUUGCGUGGAAAUGAAUACGUUUUCCAUGAUAAUGGAACCUUGGAAAUUCCGGUGGCUCAGAAGGAUAGUACUGGUACAUACACGUGUGUAGCAAGGAAUAAAUUAGGAAAGAUACAAAAUGAGGUGCAGUUGGAAGUGAAAGAUCCAACAAUGAUAAUUAAACAACCAGAAUACAAAGUGAUUCAGAGAGCUGGCCAAGUUUCAUUUGAGUGCACAAUAAAACAUGAUCCUACUUUAAUACCAACAGUCAUAUGGUUGAAAGACAAUGGAGAGCUGCCAGAUGACGAAAGGUUUCUAGUUGGUAAAGACAACUUGACCAUUAUGAAUGUAACUGAUAAAGAUGAUGGAACGUAUACUUGCAUAAUUAAUACCACUCUGGACAGUGUUUCAGCAAGUGCUGUGCUUACUGUUGUUGCUGCUCCCCCAACUCCAGCUAUCAUUUACGCUCGGCCAAAUCCACCGUUUGAUUUGGAAUUGACAGGUCAGCUUGAAAGAAGCAUAGAACUCUCGUGGAUCCCAGGAGAUGAAAAUAACAGUCCAAUUACAAAUUUUGUUAUCGAGUAUGAAGAUGGGCUGCAUGAACCAGGGGUAUGGCAUUACCAGACAGAAGUUCCUGGGACUCAGACAACAGUACAGUUGAAGCUAUCUCCAUAUGUCAACUAUUCAUUCCGUGUGAUAGCUGUCAAUGAGAUUGGUAGAAGUCAGCCGAGUGAACCAUCUGAGCAAUACUUGACAAAAGCUGCAAACCCUGAUGAAAAUCCUUCCAAUGUCCAAGGGAUAGGCUCAGAACCUGAUAAUUUGGUGAUAACAUGGGAGUCUUUAAAAGGUUUUCAGUCUAAUGGACCCGGGCUUCAGUACAAAGUCAGCUGGCGUCAGAAAGAUUUUGAUGAUGAAUGGACUUCCGUUAUAGUUGCAAAUGUAUCUAAGUAUAUUGUGUCUGGUACACCAACUUUUGUUCCCUAUGAGAUAAAAGUACAGGCUUUAAAUGACCUGGGAUAUGCUCCAGAACCUUCAGAGGUGAUUGGACAUUCAGGGGAAGACUUGCCAAUGGUUGCUCCAAGCAAUGUGCAGGUUCAUGUUCUUAACAGCACAUUAGCAAAGGUGCAUUGGGACCCAGUUCCACUAAAAACUGUCCGAGGGCAUCUUCAGGGGUACAAAGUUUACUACUGGAAAGUGCAGAGUCUAUCCAGAAGGAGUAGGAGGCAUGUAGAAAAAAAGAUCCUGACUUUCAGGGGAAAUAAGACUUUUGGAAUGUUGCCCGGACUGGAGCCCUAUAGUUCUUACAAGCUAAAUGUUAGAGUUGUUAAUGGUAAAGGAGAAGGACCUGCAAGCCCAGACAAAGUAUUUAAGACCCCUGAAGGAGUUCCCAGUUCACCCUCCUUUUUGAAGAUUACUAAUCCAACAUUGGACUCUCUGACUCUGGAGUGGGGUUCACCUACUCAUCCAAACGGUGUUUUGACAUCAUAUAUACUGAAGUUUCAGCCAAUUAACAACACACAUGAAUUAGGUCCCUUGGUAGAGAUAAGAAUACCUGCCAACGAAAGCAGCUUGAUAUUAAAAAAUUUAAAUUACAGCACACGAUACAAGUUUUACUUUAAUGCCCAAACAUCAGUUGGAUCAGGAAGUCAGAUAACUGAGGAAGCAGUAACAAUUAUGGAUGAAGGUAAGAUGGCUGGUAUUCUCCGUCCUGCUGUAGGUGCAGGCAAAGUGCAACCACUUUACCCAAGGAUCAGAAAUGUUACAACAGCUGCUGCUGAGACCUAUGCCAAUAUCAGUUGGGAGUAUGAGGGACCAGAUCAUGCGAGCUUUUAUGUUGAAUAUGGUGUAGCAGGCAGCAAAGAAGAUUGGAAAAAAGAAAUUGUAAAUGGUUCUCGAAGCUUCUUUGUGUUAAAGGGUUUAACACCAGGAACAGCAUAUAAAGUCCGGGUUGGUGCUGAGGGCCUGUCUGGUUUUAAGAGUUCAGAGGAUGUGUUUGAGACAGGUCCAGCAAUGGCAAGUCGGCAGGUAGACAUUGCUACUCAAGGAUGGUUCAUUGGUCUUAUGUGUGCUGUGGCUCUUCUUAUCUUGAUUUUACUGAUUGUUUGCUUCAUAAGGAGGAAUAAAGGUGGCAAAUAUCCAGUGAAGGAAAAGGAGGAUGCACAUGCUGAUCCAGAAAUACAACCUAUGAAAGAAGAUGAUGGAACAUUUGGAGAAUACAGUGAUGCAGAGGACCAUAAACCUCUAAAAAAAGGAAGCCGGACACCUUCAGACAGGACUGUGAAAAAAGAAGACAGUGAUGAUAGUUUAGUUGACUAUGGAGAAGGUGUAAAUGGUCAGUUCAAUGAGGAUGGCUCCUUUAUUGGACAAUACAGUGGUAAAAAAGAGAAAGAACCUGUAGAAGGAAAUGAAAGUUCUGAGGCUCCUUCUCCUGUAAAUGCCAUGAAUUCAUUUGUGUAAUCAAAGAAUUUGUUCCCUUGUCACAGUAUCUUCAGUUAUAUUUAAAGCACUUGUACAUCCUCCUUCUUGAAAUAUGAACAUGCAGGUAACAGAGGUCCUCACUACAAGAUAUUUAUGCUG